AUGGCCGCCACCAUCAGAAGAAGCGUCUCCCCCCUCCUCGCUCUGCUCGCCGCCGCGGCCACGGUGCUCGCCGUGUUGAUGUCUGCGCCCGUGUCCGCCCGGAGCUUGCCGGAGGGCCUCCCGGACAUCAAGCCGCUGCUGUCCAACCCGUGGUCGGCGUUCCAGAACCUCUCCGGCUGCCAGUUCGGGGACCAGCGGCAGGGCCUCGCGAGGCUCAAGGACUACCUCAGCCGCUUCGGCUACCUCCCCGCGCCGCCGGCCAAGUUCAACGACGUGUUCGACGCCGACAUGGAGUCGGCCAUCCGGACCUACCAGCACAACUUCGGGCUGGAGGCCACGGGCCAGCUGGACGCGGCCACCGUCGCCAAGAUGAUGUCCCCGCGCUGCGGCGUCGCCGACAUCAUCAACGGCACCUCCGCCAUGGGCAAGACGGUCCACGGCCGGAACCUCUACUCCUACUUCCCGGGGUCGCCCUCGUGGCCGCGCUCCAAGAAGAGCCUCAGGUACGCCAUCACGGCGGCCACCGAGACGACCAUCGAUCGGGCCACGCUGAGCAAGGUCUUCGCGAGCGCCUUCGCGCGCUGGUCGGCGGCCACCACGCUCAACUUCACGGAGACGGCGUCGGCGUCCGACGCCGACAUCACCAUCGGGUUCCACUCGGGCGACCACGGCGACGGCGAGGCGUUCGACGGGCCGCUGGGCACGCUGGCGCACGCCUUCUCGCCCACCGAUGGGCGGUUCCACCUGGACGCGUCGGAGGCGUGGGUGGCCGGCGGCGACGUGUCGCGCGCGGCGCUGGACGCCGCCGUCGACCUGGAGUCGGUGGCGGUGCACGAGAUCGGCCACCUGCUGGGGCUCGGCCACUCGUCGGUGGAGGGCGCCAUCAUGUACCCGACCAUCACGUCGCGCACGCAGAAGGUGGAGCUGGCCAAGGACGACGUCGACGGCAUCCAGAGCCUCUACGGCGGCAACCCUAACUUCAAGGGCGUCACGCCGCCGGCCACCAGCAGCGAGGAGACCCACAGCGCCGCCCCCAGCGCGCUCUCCGGGCCGUGGAGCGGCCUGGCCGUGGCGGCUGCGCUCGCACUAGCUCUGUCGUGCUAG